GAGAUGUUACGUGGCAACUACGGUAGACAGGUUAGAGGUGCAACGGAUGAAAAAAAAUCGGAACCGAUAGUUGAUUCAAACUUCAGAACAUAUCACUUUAAACACGCGCCAAAAACAUUCCAUGAAAUUCUUGACAAGUGGGCCGCCAGCCUGAAAUACAUUCAAGGACAAAAAUAUAUCCCAAAGGCAAUCAAGAAGUUCGUGGAAGAACUAAUUAACUUCAAUGAGACUAAGGAGUUUGAGAACUUGUUUUAUAUGAAACAGACGGAUGAAAUCUUAAACAGUAAAUUAUGUGAGGAAGAUUCUUAUGCAGAGGAUGAUGCAACGCAGGACCUUAAUCAAGUAGCACAAGAAAAUGAAUUAGAUGAUGAUGAAUUACCAGGUUAUGAUGAUUCUAAUGAAGAGGCAUUUAUGAGAAAAAUUGACGAAGAUGCUCUUGACGAAAAAAGUAAAUUGCCACUUGCUAAUGAUAAUAAGGAUUCAUCCAAAUUUAUAAGUGGUGACGUGCUAAAUGCAUUCCGAAAAUAUCAAAAUGAAAUCCCUAAAACUCGCAGAGUAUUCACUCUAUACGGGUGCAACGAAAUUACGGAAGGCGAUAUACAGCAUUUAUCCCAAGAUUUCGCCAACCAUAUCAAAUGGAAAUGCGAAUCAGCCUCAAAAGAUAUUCAGGAUUACUUCGACAGUAGCUGUGAAAUGCUUGACAAUAGCAGUGAAAAUAAAGAUCUAAAACAUUUUGAUCCGAAUGUACAAUUUCUGAAAAAUAAUAUGCAUUUUUUCCAAGAAAUGUUAACGGAAGAACACUUAAAAAUGACAUCGUCAUACCCGUUAUUUCAUGGAACAUUCACGUCUGAUCGUAUUAAACACGCUUGGAGACAUUCAGGCUCUUUCGAGCAAUGA